AAGAGGUGGUGUGGUCCACAGGGAACUCAUCAUCACUUUAAAACGCACCACAGACCUGGCACAAAAGGAGCGCUCGCAGGUGAGCACAGGCGCAAAGGGGAUGUGUCUUAUUUCACCGCAGGGAAACACAUUUGCACCUGCUGCAAGAGGAGACUCACUCAAACUAGGAAAAACGUGGACUUCAAGUCGGAGAGAGAGAGAAACUUUCUUUUAGCAGCAACUGUUGCAGAUGUGUGGGGUUUUUUUUCGUUAAAAAGCAGCAGUGCAUGAUGUGGAUGUAGUUAUUCCGCACUGAUGUGGAAGAUGUCAAUGUUUGCUUCUAGACUGGUACUUUAUUGAGAGUUUAUUUUCUAUUGUCUUACUCUCACUUUUCUCUGAACAGUUACAUGACGCAAACUGUUGCUUGGAGUCCAGAUUUUGUGGUGAGCCCGUGUCCCUGCCAAGCGGAGUCGCGCCUCUAUUUGCUGACAGCCCACAAGGAAACAUGAACGUCUCCUUCUUCGACUUGACUCGGGGUGCGCUGUUUAACGGGAGUCAGACUCUCGCAGGGACUCUGGCAACAUACAACGGCACCGACAACGUGGUGACCGGCGAUGGUGGAGGGUCCUCGGUGCUGGCACAAGACGAGCGCAAACUCUUCGUCAUGCGCGUGGUGCAAAUCGCUGUGCUGUGUGUGCUCUCGCUUACAGUGGUGUUUGGGAUAUUCUUCCUCGGGUGCAACCUGAUGAUCAAAUCUGAGAGCAUGAUUAACUUUCUGGUAAAGGAGCGGAGACCCUCAAAAGAUGUGGAGACGGUUAUGAUCGGGCUCAGCUAGAACUACAAGACAGUAGUGUGGAGAAGUCAAGUGGAGAUCCGGUUUGAUGAUCUGGUGCACAUUCCCUCUGGCAGAUCAAGAUCGGCACCUGCAUGUACGCCUCAAGGAUGCUCUCUCUACGUCCUCGCGAGGGGAGAUAUGCAAAAACUUCACAAUUCCUUCCGAAAAGGACUCGAGGGAAGUAGUCCAGCGACACACGUUUAUGCGUAAAGUAUGUGCGUAAAACAUGGGCAUUGUUUACACAUGGACCGAUCUAUUGAAUCUUUUGGGUGAAUUUAAUGUUGCCAACUUGAACAAAAUGAAGAAAAUGUUUACAAAUUGUUACCUCAUUUUUGCCGUUUUUUUCCUCUAUUGUUAUUUAAGAUGAAAACCAGUGAAUGUUUUUAAAAAGCAUGUUUAUGAAUUCCUGAAGUCAGACAAUGUUCGGUGGAUAUCCCUUGAAAGGUGUUUUCUUUUGUCUCGUUUGGUUAAUAUACUCUAAGUACUGAAAUCUUGCACGUUUUCAAGGGAAACUGCCACAGCUUUAUGAAGUGAUUCUGGUUCCGCAUGCUCGCUACUUGAUCCGUAAAGUGAUUUUUGGACCCGUUUUGCACUUUUGAAGCCACUGAUGCUGCAUGAGAU